CACUGUAGUAGUCGCGUUUCAUUGGACUUUUCGGACUCGGACGCUCGCUUCUCAUAGGUAUAAGAAGCUUUAUUUUGUAGCACGAUCAGAAAAAUACUUGAAUUACUCAUAGCGAAUUCAUUAUUUUUUAAUAAUUAAUUCCGGAAGUACGAAUGCUGGCGUUAUCAUGGAAUUCUUCACAGGUUUCACGAAACUGCGUUAAGCUAGCAAUAUCCUUAGUUCAUAGACUCGUCUGUCAGGCUCCAUGCUGGAAGGAGAAGACUCGGAAGACUAAACUGUGGAAAUAUGGCUUUUAAAAGGCGUUAACACAAUAAAGUUCAGCGUGCUGUCAUUAAUGUAUUGUUGUUACCAAUGGAAAGCUCAGUGUUUGGUCUUCGUCUAUCCUUGAAGCAACGAUAUUUUCUUCUACUUUGCGUCGCUGCCGCGGGAAUAAUUGUGUAUCGCUUUGCAAGUUUUGCCUCUUAGGAACCACCCUGAAACAAGAAGAAUGAACCGCGUGGAGGGCCUGAGAGCCAACUCUUCUCAGUUCACUCUGGAGAGAAAACCUUUCCUCAUCCUAGGAGGCUCCAUUCAUUACUUUCGUGUCCCAAGAGCUUACUGGGAGGACCGGCUGCUGAAGAUGAAGGCCUGUGGCCUUAAUACUCUCACUACGUAUGUUCCCUGGAACCUGCACGAGCCGGAGCGCGGGGUGUUCAAGUUUGAGGAUCAGCUAGAUUUAGAAGCCUACCUACGUCUUGCAGCCAGCUUGGGCCUCUGGGUGAUUCUGCGACCAGGGCCUUACAUCUGUGCUGAGUGGGACUUAGGGGGACUACCCAGCUGGCUGCUACGGGAUCCCCAGAUGAAACUGCGAACAACCUACUCUGGAUUCACUUAUGCAGUCAACUCCUUUUUUGAUGAGGUCAUAAAGAAAGCCGUCCCACAUCAGUACUCCAAGGGUGGCCCGAUUAUAGCAGUUCAAGUGGAGAAUGAAUACGGCUCCUAUGCUACAGAUGAAAAUUACAUGCCCUUCAUCAAGGAGGCGCUAUUGUCAAGGGGUAUCACAGAGCUGCUGCUGACCUCAGACAACAAGGACGGGCUGAAGCUUGGAGGAGUGAAAGGAGCUCUGGAAACCAUCAAUUUUCAAAAACUGGACCCAGAUGAAAUCAAGUAUCUGGAACAAAUACAACCUCAGCAACCUAAAAUGGUGAUGGAGUACUGGUCUGGCUGGUUUGAUCUCUGGGGCGGGCUCCAUCAUGUUUACACUGCUGAAGAAAUGAUACCUGUGGUGACCGAAAUCCUUAAGCUGGACAUGUCCAUCAACCUUUACAUGUUCCACGGGGGGACGAAUUUUGGCUUCAUGAGUGGGGCCUUUGCUGUUGGACUACCCGCACCUAAACCCAUGGUAACAAGCUACGAUUACGAUGCUCCAUUAUCCGAGGCUGGGGAUUACACCACCAAGUACCAUCUUCUGAGGAAUUUAUUCAGCCACUACCACACUCAGCCUCUCCCUGAACUGCCCUCUGUUCAUGAGCGGAGAGCAUACCAGCCCGCUGUCAUCCAGCAGCACAUCUCUCUGUGGGACAGUCUGCGCUUCACUGACAAGCCUUUCAAGUCGGAGAGGCCGGUGAACAUGGAGAAUCUCCCAGUGAACAAUAACAAUGGUCAGUCAUAUGGCUACACGCUCUAUGAGACCACCAUCACCAGUGGCGGAGCUCUCAAGUCGCAGAACAAUGUCAGAGACAGAGCUCUGGUUUUUGUGGAUAAACAUUUUGUAGGUGUUUUGGACUAUACGGUGCAAGAACUUGCCGUACCUGAUGGGAAGGGAAAAAGAACUCUGGGCUUACUGGUGGAGAACUGUGGAAGAGUGAAUUAUGGAAAAACCCUGGAUGAACAGCGUAAAGGUCUUGUUGGAGAUAUUCUGCUAAACGAGCACCCCCUCCGAGACUUCAAUAUUCACAGUCUGGAUAUGAAGCCUGCCUUUGUAAACAGACUCGAGAGUGCAGGUCACUGGAUGUCCAUGCGCCAUCAGCCCUCCUUCCCGGGGUUUUUCCAGGGCAGACUCUAUGUGAAUGGCUCACCUCAAGACACCUUCAUCAAACUCCCUGGUUGGAGCAAAGGUGUUGUGUUCAUCAAUGGCAAGAAUCUGGGACGUUACUGGUCCACUGGUCCUCAGCAAACUCUCUAUGUCCCAGGACCCUGGCUUCACAGGGGUGACAACCAGGUCACAGUGUUUGAAGAGCAGGAAACAGAUGGUAAGAUCCAGUUUGCCAGCAGCCCAGACUAUGGCAUGACUAUUGAUGUCCAGUGAGGAGAACAAGAGGGAAGGGUGGAUUAAGAGAGGAAGAGAGAGGAGGAUGGGAGGAUAGCGUGGGAGGACACGACCGCUGUGAGCUGCACCGACGCCUUGCUGCAACUCAAAAACACUCAAGACUGACACGUCAGUGAACACGACAUCAGCAAUGCAGCCGUGUAACCAACAUCCUCACAGCAGUUUCUCAUUACUGAGUGUGUUUGCAGCUUUAUGUUUUUAAUUUAUUUUCUUAACAGCUUUAACCUUAAACCCUGAAAUGUAAUUGGAGAUCAAGAAACGGAAGGAGAGUGAACUUGAUUAUAAUAAAUGUUCUUCCUCUGAAAGACUUAAUUUAUUGCUUGCAUCCAGACUGUAUAAAAACAAUGUGUGAAUAAAGAGUUGUUUGACCUCUCUGCCACUAACCA